AGUAGAGGAGGGGCUCAGCCAGGCUUCUCAGCGGCACCCAGCCCUUGCUCCAGGCUCAGACGCUCAGCCAAAAGCAAAUCCCGUCCGCGGCACCGAGACAGACUUUGAGGGCUCCCAGGACAACCGCCUGCUCCUUCUCCAACCAGCAGCGCUCCCAGCCAUGGCACGAAACCACCAGGUGCAGAAAGCCAAGCUGGCCGAGCAGGCCGAGCGCUACGAGGACAUGGCCGACUUCAUGAAGGCCGUGGUGGAGCACGGGGACGAGCUGUCCAACGAGGAGCGCAACCUCCUCUCGGUCGCCUACAAGAACGUGGUGGGGUGCCAGCGCUCGGCCUGGAGGGUCGUCUCCAGCAUCGAGCACAAGACCGAGGAAGGCGACGACAAAGCGCAGCUGGUGAACGAGUACCGGGAGAAGAUCGAGGGCGAGCUGAAGAACGUCUGCAACGUCGUGCUCGGGCUGCUGGACAAGCAUCUCAUCGCGGAAGCCAGCGAUCCGGAGAGCAAGGUCUUCUACCUGAAGAUGAAGGGAGACUACUUCCGAUACCUGGCUGAGGUGGCCACGGGGGAUGACCGCAAAGACGCCAUAGACAAUGCCCAGAAAGCCUACCAGGAGGCCAUGGACAUCAGCAAGAAGGAGAUGCAGCCCACGAACCCCAUCCGCCUGGGGCUGGCCCUCAACUUCUCCGUGUUCCACUACGAGAUCGCCAACGCCCCCGAGCAGGCCAUCACGCUGGCCAAGACCACCUUCGACGAAGCCAUGGGCGACCUGCACACGCUCAACGAAGACUCCUACAAGGACAGCACCCUCAUCAUGCAGCUGCUCAGGGACAACCUCACGUUAUGGACAGCCGAGUGCGCGGGAGAAGAUGGCGGCGAAGCCGGGGAAGAGCCCAAGAACUGAACCGCGGCCCGGCGAGCUCCCCACCUCUCGGCCCCUUUUUGGCAGACGUGUCUCGGCUCCACAGCCCGGAUCCUGCUAGCAGAGGGGACGUGCCCGCGCGUAUGGUAUUCGCACAUUUUAUCUUGCCUUCCCCCGAGGCAGCUUCGGGACAAAACCCCCUUCCCCGGCCCCAUCCCGAUUUCCACGAUACCCCUGGUGGGUGGUUGUUGCUACAGAAGAGCGCUGCUAACUCGGUGUCCUGCCCAGCGUCCUGUAUGCUAUUGUUAGCAUGGGGGGUGUGUAUGGAAGGGGGCAUCUUAGGCCCCCCCCACCCGCACCCCUUUGCAAAGGGCUGAAGGGUCCCCACUCUUCAGGGCGUUUAAGCAGGGGAAUCUGAGGAGCUGGGAACCUGGCCAUCGCUCCUGCGGCGUGCUGUGCGGGGUCCCUGUCGCCGCUGCCAUGAGCCUUGGUGGGAGAAAGCUGGAGGUGAGGGGCCUGGGGAGGGAUUCUUUCUUGCGGGUUAAGAAUGAUAAACUCGUGGUGCUGCCUGUGUCUGUAUUGCCAUAGCCGCUGUCUGCCUGUCCCUGCCAAUAAAACUUCACCUGCCCCCUG